GACCGACCCAAAAACAAGACACGUGGGCCGAACCGGACCACAGGGUGCGCUUCCUCCCACCAAGCCCCGCCUCCACGUUUCCAUGCAUUGGCACGCUUCGCCUCCGUCGCUGUGGCUCGCUGCUCCUCCCCGGUGUGGCGGUGUCGGUGGUGGACUGACUCUGUCGCGGGCUGCGGGUGAAAACACGGCAGGGAUGAGUGCGGCGGGUGGUGCUCGGUCCGGUUCGGCCGCUGGCCCGGUACAGCAGGGCCUGAAAGAGGCUCUCAUCGAGACGCUGACGGCCAUCCUGUCCCCGGUUAAAGAAGUGCGCGCCGCCGCGGAGGAGCAGGUCAAAGUGCUGGAAGUGACAGAGGAGUUUGGUGUCCAUCUGGCAGAACUCACAGUUGAUCCUCAGGGAGCGCUCGCAAUUCGUCAGUUGGCGUCAGUUAUCCUGAAGCAGUAUGUGGAAACUCACUGGUGUUCACAGUCAGAGAAAUUCAGGCCUCCUGAAACUACAGAUCAGGCUAAAGCCUCCAUCAGGGAGCUGCUGCCAAGCGGUUUGCGGGAGGCGAUCAGCAAAGUCCGCUCCAGCGUUGCGUACGCCGUGUCAGCCAUCGCCCACUGGGACUGGCCUGAGGCCUGGCCACAGCUGUUCACCCUGCUGAUGGAGAUGCUGGUCAGCGGAGAAGUCAAUGCUGUGCAUGGGGCCAUGCGGGUCCUCACAGAGUUUACUCGGGAGGUGACCGAUACACAGAUGCCGCUGGUGGCUCCAGUCAUCUUACCUGAAAUGUACAAGAUCUUCACAAUGGUUGAGGUGUACAGUAUUCGUACGCGAUCCAGAGCAGUGGAGAUAUUCACCACCUGUGCCAACCUCAUCUGUGCUAUUGAGGAGCUUGAGAAGGGUGCUGCCAAAGCCUUGAUCUUCCCCGUUGUGCAGCAGUUCACAGAAGCGUUUGUGCAGGCUCUGCAGAUGCCUGACGGACAAUCGUCUGAUAGCGGCCUCAAGAUGGAAGUCCUCAAGGCGGUAACGGCGUUGGUGAGGAACUUCCCCAAACCCAUGGUGUCCUCCAUGCAGCAGAUAUUACCCAUUGUGUGGAAUACACUGACUGAAAGUGCAGCUCUUUAUGUGAGAACAGAAGUCAACUACACAGAAGAAGUGGAUGACCCAGUCGACUCCGAUGGCGAGGUUUUGGGUUUUGAGAAUCUGGUGUUCAGCAUCUUUGAGUUUGUCCACACGCUGCUGGAGAACAACAAGUUCAAGAGCACGGUGAAGAAAGCCCUGCCCGAACUCAUCUACUACGUCAUCCUGUACAUGCAGAUCACCGAGGACCAGAUCAAAGCGUGGACAACCAACCCCCAGCAGUUUGUAGAGGACGAGGAUGAUGACACCUUCUCCUACUCUGUCAGGAUCUCUGCUCAGGACCUGCUGCUGGCUGUUGCUGCAGAGUUUCAGAAUGAGAGCGCCGCAGCGCUGGCAGCGGCAGCAACCAGACACCUCCAGGAGGCAGAGCAGGCCAAAAACAGUGGCAACGAGCACUGGUGGAAGAUCCACGAGGCCUGCCUGUUGGCCCUCGGCUCUGUCAAAACCAUCAUCACGGAGAACGUGAAGAACGGUCGUAUCCAGUUUGACAUGCAUGGUUUCCUGGCCAACGUUAUCCUCGCUGAUCUCAACCUGCCAGCGGCGUCUCCGUUCCUCCUCGGCCGGGCUCUGUGGGCGGCCAGUCGCUUCACAGCAGCCAUGUCUACUGAACUCAUCCAGCAGUUCCUUCAGGCCACCGUCAGCGGCCUCCACGACAGCCAGCCGCCCUCGGUCCGCAUUUCCGCGGUCAGGGCCAUCUGGGGGUAUUGUGAUCAGCUGAAGCUGUCAGAAAGCACCCACGUCCUUCAGCCCUUCCUCCCCAGCAUCCUCGAGGGACUGGUCCAACUGGCUGCCCAGUUCAGCUCCGAGGUGCUCACCCUCGUCAUGGAGACUCUGUGCAUCGUCUGCACCGUCGACCCGGUUUUCACCACCAGCGCCGAGAACAAAAUCUGCCCCCUGACCAUUGCGAUCUUCCUUAAAUACAACAAUGACCCCGUUGUGGCGUCCUUGGCUCAGGACAUCUUUAAGGAGCUGGCACAGAUCGAAGGCUGCCAGGGCCCCAUGCAGAUGCGUCUCAUCCCCACGCUGGUCAGCAUCAUGCAGGCUCCCCCCGACAAGAUGCCCGCGGGACUCUGUGCUACGUCUAUCGACAUCCUGACCACAGUCGUCCGAAACACCAAACCGCCUCUCUCAGAGAUGUUGGUGUGCCAGGCGUUCCCUGUGGUGGCCCAGUGCAGCUUACGCACUGAUGACAACACGAUAAUGCAGAACGGAGGCGAGUGUCUGCGGGCGUACGUCUCCGUCGCCCUGGAGCAGGUUGCUCAGUGGAGGGACGAGCAGGGGAACAGCGGCCUCUGGUACGUCAUGCAGGUGGUCAACCAGCUGCUCGACCCCCGGACUUCCGAGUUCACCGCCGCCUUCGUUGGCCGGUUGGUGUCCACGCUGAUCUCUCGGGCGGGAACCCAGCUCGGGGAACAGCUGGACCAGAUCCUCCGAGCGAUUCUGAGCAAGAUGCAGCAAGCUGAGACUCUGAGUGUCAUGCAGUCUCUGAUCAUGGUGUUUGCCCACCUGGUUCACUCCCAGCUGGAGCCUCUGCUGGAGUUCUUGUGCAGUCUGCCCGGCCCGACGGGGAAACCUGCGCUGGAGUUCGUCAUGACUGAGUGGAUGAGCAGGCAGCACUUGUUCUAUGGACAGUACGAGGGUAAAGUCAGUACGGUGGCUCUCUGUAAGCUGCUGCAGCACGGGCUCAACACUGACGACAAACGCCUCCAGGACAUCGUGGUGAAGGGAGAAGAGAUCUACAGCCCCGAUGAAGGCAUCCGCACACGCUCCAAAUCUGCCAAGAACCCAGAGAGGUGGACCAACAUUCCUUUGCUUGUGAAGCUCUUUAAGUUGAUCAUAAAUGAGCUGUCGACGGUAGUGGAGUCGAACGCCAGCAGGACGAACCCCGCCGACUGGACUCCAGAUUCCAGCGGUAUGUGGGAGGAAGAUGAAGACGGGGGUAGUUUGGAUGCUGAAGAGGAGGAGGAUGAAGCCCUCGCAGGGCAGCUGCUUUCUGAUCUCAUCUCCUCCAAGAAAUAUGAUGAUGAUUUUUACGAGGAUGAUGAUGAUGAGGAGGAUCCAGAUGCUUUGAAGGACCCUAUACAUCAGAUUGAUCUGCAGUCGUACCUGACGGACUUCCUGACGCAGUUCGCCCAGCAGCCAUGUUACAGCAUGUUCUCGGGUCACCUCAACACCACCGAGAGACAAACACUGCAGUCGAUAGGCCUCUAGCCCCGCAGAGUGCCGCUCCAACACUUCUUCUUCCAUCUAAACUCUCCUCCCGGCCCAUCAACUGUGUGUCAUGAUGAAUUUACAACAGGGCGAAGAAAGAAGAGAAAAGUUGACGAUGGCCCCGGUAGAGGAAGGAAACCGGGUGAAAAGAGAUGGACACGCUCUUACCCAUAACUCCCCUGUUUCUACGUUCUCGUGAUGGGAUGAAGGACUUUGCCGAUGUUAAAGCGAGAAGAAUGAAGAGGUGAGGGACUGCCUCUGUCAGUUCUUGAAGAAGGUCAGAGGACUCACCAUUUUAGAGUAAUUGCAGACCGGACGAGAGGAUUGUGUAGGAAUGUCGAGGCUCCACAGUGGGACAGGUGAAUCAUGAAAUAUGGACGGACUAUUUUACCAGGUCCUAUUUGUAAUUUAGACUGUUAUUUUUGUGUAAAAAUGCGACAUGGAAAAACCCUUCCGAGAAACUUUACAUUGAAUCAUCGAAAGUCAAACAAACAUCCUAAACCUUUGGGGAAGGAAAGUAACUGGCGGACUAAUAUUCCAGAAAAACUGACUGUUUCUGAGAGGAAAUUAAAAUCCCUUUGGCCGGCUGUCAUUGUCUCGGGGUCCGGUGGGUAUGUGGUAACUUCAGUGUUGCCAUAGUGACUCACAGCAUUGUCAUUUCCUUCGAAAUAAAAGUCCAAAAGGGACAAUCUUUGCAGAUUCCUCUCUUGUCUCCUCAAGAUGUGAAUAAUAAUAAAGUACAGGUUAUUUUAAAAAGAC